AUGAAUGACGAUAUCCAAAAAAAGAUCAAUUUUGCGGCAUCAAAUCUCGGACAAGCGGCCCAUAAUGAAAAACUGAAUAAUACAAAGGAAGCAUUAUCAAAAUAUCGCGAAGGAAUUGAAACACUUCGUGCGGCUUUUAGAAGCCUCAUCAAUCAUAAAGUCAUAUUAAAUGUUGAAUACAAUGAGAAGCUACAUGAUCGGGAAAUAACAUUCGAUAACGGUUGGACCGUGAAAAUUGAACGCGGUCUCGAUUACUUUCACACAAUAGAUUUUAAUAUAAUAGGAAGUUUUGACACUAAUCUAAGACCAUGUCGCGAAACCAAUGUUGAUAUUUUCAAACCAAAACGAUGA